AUGAAAGGUCGUGUGUGCCUUUAUCCAUUGCACUUCCUGACAGAGAAUAAACUGAUCGACCGCUCCAACUGUUUUGUUUUAAAAGUUAUGCAAGCAGUAAUAAUUACUAACACAGAGUCUCCUGAAUUGAAACAACUAACAGUACUUGGUUCUGCUUCUUUACUUCCUUUGGGAAAUGAGACAAUACUCACUAAGUUAAUAGGCCUUUUUCUUGACAGCGAAAUAUCAGAUAUAAUAAUUGUUCAUAACAAAGCUCAAACAGCGCGUUUAACAAGUUAUGUAAAUGCACAUUAUCAGUUUUGGCCUGCAUUUGCAAAAGUUAAUCUUCACGAACUUCCUGAUUACUGUUCGUUACCUGAAACAUUGCAAAGGAUUCGAUCUUCUCUAUCAUCUGAGUACUUAUUUAUUACGAAUUCUAACACUGUUAUCUGUAACAUCAAUUUGCGCGAUAUAUUUUUGACAAUGAUCAGAAAAAAGGCGUCAAUGGUGGCUGUAUUUUCAUCGCUCCCUAUAACAGAAAGCAAGCUUCUGAAGUCUCUCCCCAGUGAGCUAACCGUAACUACAAGUGAUGGAAGUGUAUUAAUCACUUAUGUACCUGCAAGUGAUAUAAAGAAACAGACCAAACUUUCGAAGAGCCUGACUUCCCAAGGAUCUAUUCUGUGCCGUUCAGAUCUGAGAGACUGUGGAUUCUAUUUAAUUUCCAGGUCAACGUUGGAUCAUAUUACUAAGUUGGGCGAAGAUAUAACCCAUCGUAAAAAAUCCAUUUGGCAGUAUAUAUGGAGUGAACCUCCAGAAAUAAAUCAAGAAACUGAACUAGGUUCUGGUGACAAAACCGCGAUCAACGGUGUUAAUAAUUAUACAGAAUGUUACAAGACAGGUGGAACGUGUAUUCACGAACAUAAUGAUGAAGUUAUUGCAGUCAAGAUUGAAGAUCCGUUGAUAUAUGUUGAAACAAAUCGCUUAAUUAUUCAGAAAUCGUCCAGUCCAGGAAACCAACAGCAAGGCAAAAAAGGAGAAUCAGGAAGGGAGCCGAAUCUAAUACAGGACAAUUGUAUGAUUCAUGAAAAGGCAUUUAUUCGUGCAACUUUUGUUGGCUCUUCAUGCAAGAUCGGUGCCAAUGUACGCAUUUUAAACUCAGUCCUACUUCCUAAUGUAGAGAUCAAAGAUAAUUGUACCAUUCAAGGAUGUGUCAUUGGCGAAAAAGCUGUUAUUGGAGACCAAUCCGUCCUGAAAAGUUGUGCUGUUGCCGCAUUACAACGUGUACCGACUGGCACUAAUCUAGAAUCAAAGCAGUUAGGAUUUAUAGACCCAGAAUUAAAUACCACAUAA